UCUCAUCCUAUUUUAAAAUAACAGACUCCCCAGCCUUCCAAGCUGUUUCCCUCUUUGACAAAGAAACCCUCUCCGUAAGACCGAGAGGGAAAAAGAAAAGAAAAAAAAAAAACAAAAAAACUAAUAAAGAGGGCAAAAGGGGGUGCGAGAGACGAAGCGAGAGCAAGAGGUCGUCGUGGUCUACUAGCUUGGAAUCGGAAUAAAUGGCGGAGCAGCUGACGGAGGAGCAGAUCGCGGAGUUCAAGGAGGCCUUCAGCCUCUUCGACAAGGACGGAGAUGGCUGCAUAACUACCAAGGAACUGAGCACUGUGAUGAGAUCCUUGGGACAGAAUCCCACUGAAGCUGAACUGCAGGAUAUGAUCAAUGAAGUUGAUGCCGAUCAAAAUGGAACCAUUGAUUUUUCUGAGUUCUUGAAUUUGAUGGCACGCAAAAUGAAAGACACUGAUUCUGAGGAAGAGCUUAAGGAAGCAUUCAAAGUGUUUGACAAGGAUCAGAAUGGUUUUAUAUCUGCUGCAGAGCUCCGCCACGUGAUGACGAACCUCGGAGAGAAGCUAACAGAUGAGGAAGUGGAUGAGAUGAUACGAGAAGCAGAUAUUGAUGGUGAUGGGCAAGUGAACUAUGAGGAGUUUGUGAGAAUGAUGUUGGCCAAGUGAGUGCCCCAUCGUUUCCAUGGAGGGCAUUCUAACUAUACUUUGAAGUCUUGUUAUACGUAUCAGCAUUCCCCGUUAUCCACCUUUCAUAUAUUUGCCGAAUGAGCUUUUGUGGUUUUUUCAUUUCUUUUAGCUGCUAAGCCCCUACCUCAGGAGUUCAGUGUCGAUGAGAUUAUUUAUGUGAAUGACUCCUUUAGCGUGAUAUAAGUACCUUACCUCUCAGUGAUUUUCUAUGUUUGAUAGCUUUAAGGUUGCAGAAUUACUUGCUUCUGAUAUGAUUAGCCUUUUUAUAAGUAGAUGUCCGAAAUGGUGAUUCCUCA